GAAAGCAAGUCCCCCAAAACUUAUUACAAACCACAACCACGAACAAGACAAACAUGUUCACCAAGGUCGUCUUCGUUCUCUGCGCCGCGGGUCUUGCCUCCGCUGGCAACCUUCUCCACGCCGCCGCCCCAGUGGCCUACAGCGCCGCCCCCGCGGUGUCAUCUGUCUCCUACACCUCUCACGCCGCUCCCGUGGCCUACGCCGCUGCCGCUCCCGUGGUCGCCAAGACCUACGCCGCGCCCGCUGCCGUCUCCUACUCAUCCUACUCUUCUCACGCCGCUCCCGUGGCCUACGCUGCUGCCGCUCCCGUAGUUGCCAAGACUUACGCCGCCCCUGCCGCCGUGUCCUACUCUUCAUACUCUUCCCACUCCGCCCCCGUCGCGUACGCCGCCGCUCCCGUCGUCGCCAAGGCCUACGCCGCUCCCGUCGCCACUUACGCCGCCGCCCCCGUCGUAGCCAAGGCUGUGGCCCCCGCUGUGUCCUACAGCUCGGUGUCCCACGCUGCCCCCGUGGCGUACGCCAGCCCCGUCGUUAAGACUUACGCCGCUGCUGCCCCCGCGGUUGCCCACUACUCUGCCGCCCCAGCUGUUGCCCACUACUCUGCCGCCCCCGCGGUUGCCCACUACGCCGCUGCCCCAGCUGUAGCCCACUACUCUGCUGCCCCAGCUGUAGCCCACUACUCCGCUGCCCCUGCCGUAGCCCACUACUCCGCCGCCCCCGCUGUGGCCCACUACGCCGCCGCCGCCCCCGUUGUUAAAACCGCGGUGACAUACUCCGCUGCCCCCGCUGUCUCUCACGUCACCUACACCGGCCUGGGAGCUUCUUACGGCUGGUAAACUGUUAUUGUUGUUAAAUAAUCUUAUUUCAAACGACCUUUAUUUAUUGAACAUGAAUAAAUUAUGUAAAUAAUUGAUA